CACCUACAGCAUCAUCAUCUGCAGUUUCUGUAGCAUGGGCUGCCUUGAGCUCAGUUUCGCCGCCUUUGGUCUCAUCAUUAAGACGGGUUUUAGGGUGAAUGCCAGAGUCAUCAAUCCGCUUCUCAAAGGUCUCUGUGAUGCAAAGAGGGUGGGUGAGGCCAUGGAGAUAUUGAGCUGACGAAUGCCCGAGUUUGGCUGUAUGCCAAAUGUAUUUUCGUACAGCAUAAUUCUAAAGGGUUUAUGCGAUGAAAAGAGAUCUGAUGAGGCACUUGAGCUGCUCCACAUGAUGGCUGAUGAUGGAGGUGGUAGCUACCCACCAAAUGUUGUGUCUUACAAUACCGUCGUCAAUGGCUUGUUUAGAGAUGGCCAUGUGGACAGAGCUUACAGCCUAUUUCGUGAAAUGGAUGACCGGGGGAUUUUUCCGGAUGUUGUGAAUGCAGUCAUUGAUGGCUUGUGCAAAGCUCAAGCACUUGACAGGGCCAAGGGUGUCCUUCAGCAGAUGAUUUAUAAAGAUGUUAAGCCAGAUAGUCAGACAUAUACUUGUCUGAUCCAUGGAUAUGCCUCUUCAGGACAAUGGAAAGAGGUGGUUCGAAUGCUCAAAGAAAUGUCCGCACAAGGUCAUCAGCCAGAUGUUGUCACCUAUCAUUUACUGCUCGACUAUCAUUGCAAGAGUGGAAAAUGCACAGAGGCUAAAACAAUUUUUGAAUAUAUGAUUCAAAAGGGCCCAAAACCUAACACAACUGCAUAUAACACUCUGCUCAAUUGGUAUGCUACCAAAGGAGCUAUUUCUGAUAUCCAUGGUCUCUUGGAUUUGAUGGCAGGAAAUGAUAUUUCACCAGAUCAUCACACCUUCAAUAUAAUUCUCUGUGCGUAUGCUAAAGGUGGUAUGAUAAAUGAGGCAAUGCAUGUCUUUGACCGGAUGAGGCAACAUGGGUGGAGUCCUGAUAAAGUCAACUAUGGAGCAUUGAUAGAUGCACUUUGCAAGUUGGGAAGAGUGGAUGAGGCGAUGCUUAAAUUCAAUCAUAUGAUCAAUGAAGGGGUCACUCCUGAUAUCGUUGUUUUUAGCUCACUAGUUUGUGGACUUUGCACUGUUGGCAAAUGGGAGAAGGCUGAGGAAUUAUUUUCUGAAAUGCUGAAUCAAGGGAUCCAUCCCUAGGCCACGUUCUUCAACACUAUAAUGUGUAACCUUUGCAGAGAAGGACGAGUAACGGAAGCCCAGAGUCUCCUUGACUUAAUGGUACGUGUAGGAGUGAAGCCUGACGCUAUCUCAUAUACUAUAUUAAUGGAUGGCCACUGUUUAGCUGGUAGGAUGAAGGAAGCUAUGAAGUUACUUGAUGAUAUGGUCCGAGUCGACUUGAAACCAAAUGCCACUUCUUAUAAUACUUUGCUUCAUGGCUAUUGUAGAGCUGGCAUGAUAGAUGAUGCAGUUAGAUUAUUCAGAGAAAUGUUAAGAAAUGAAGUUAGGCCUGGAAUUGUCAGUUAUACCACGGUACUUCAGGGUUUAUUUCGGUCUGGGAAAUUUUCUGAAGCAAAAGAACUCUAUCUCAAUAUGAUCAAAAGUGGAAUGCAGUUGGACAUUUACACGUGCAAUAUAAUUCUGAAUGGUCUUUGCAAAAAUAAUUGUGUUGAUGAGGCAUUUAAAAUAUUUCAGAGUCUAUGUUCUAAGGAUUUUCAACUUAACAUCAUUACCUUCAGCAUUAUGAUUGAUGCUUUGCUCAAAAGUGGCAGAAAGAAAGAUGCUAUGGAUAUGUUCACUGCUAUCUCUGCCCAUGGUUUAGUUCCAGAUGUUGGGACCUAUCGCUUAAUGAUACAAAAUCUCAUUAAAGAAGGGUUGCUAGAAGAGUCUGACAAUCUGUUUUUAGCAAUGGAAAAGAGUGGAUGCACUCCAGACUCAUAUAUGCUAAAUGCUCUAGUUAGGAGGUUGUUGCAUAGAGGUGAGAUAAUGAGGGUUGGGGCGUACCUCUCCAAAAUUGAUGAGAUGAACUUCUCAUUUGAGGCAUCCACUACUUCCCUGCUAAUGUCAGUUUUCUCGAGGGAGGAAUAUCGGCACCAUGCAAAGUCCCUACCUGAAAAGUAUCAUUUUCUUGUGGAUUUUAAUAAAUGAGGAUUAUUUCAGAGGAAUUGGAUUCUCAACUGUGUUUAGACAUCUCUAUGUGACCCCUAAAUUUGUUGGAGUGAUUGUCUCUCCAAUGCAGUUAUUAUUUCUGUCUCAAGCUCUAGUUUACUUGCCAUAUUAUGUGGUGGUCACCUUUACUCGGAGAAAUGCUAUCAUGAUAGUGCUCUUCAGUAUCAAGUUUAUCACCAAGUGAAAAUUAUCUUGUUUGCAGUUGCAGUUAUGUUUAGAACAGAUAUCAAUUUACAAGUUAAUGGUACAACAAAGUUUAGAUGCUUUUUGUUGCACAAUUUGUUAAGGAAUCAUGCAGUUCCAAGGAUGAAAUCAAUCAAAAGUGUUUACUGCUUGCAAAUCAAUGGAUCUGGUAAGUUCAAUACUAUCAUUCAUGGAUUAAGAGAUUAUUAACAUGUGCCCAUUUAAGUAAGAUAUAGUAACAGAACUGCGUGGAUUUGUGUUUACAUAAAUAAUUUGUGUUUAUUCCUUUCAAAUUUGUUUUGAGAUUGUCACAUAAGGAACUGCAUGGAUUUGUGUGCAGAAGGCAGUGCACAUUAAAAACCCAUGCAAAUGUUUGGGGGGCUGCACAAUAGAGAAGAGGGAGAAGAGAACAUUUAUAUAUUAGGUUCCUUCUCCACUGCCAAAGAUGCAUCUUAGUAACCUGUGUGCCAAAUGCAUUUUCAUGAAAUGACCAAGUGCCACUGCCACCCUCACUGUAUAUUUCUGCGUGCAGGAUUCUUCACUCUAGAGCCAAAGCCUUUAAUCUUUUUAUCCUCCAUAUUCUCCUCUAUGACAGCUUGCAGUGAGCAAGGUGUGAAAAAUUGCAGAUUCAAGGAAUGUUUCAACAUAUAUUCCCCUCUACAGGCUUUUACUAUAAAUAUAGGCCAACUGGGGAUGUGCACUUCACAGUUCCAAACCUUCAUAGCUUACAAGGAGUACCAGAGCUCAGAAGCAUCAGUAUUCAGCACAUAGCGCAACUAUUGCAAAACGCACAAGAGAACACACAAUGAGCUAUUACGCAGCAGCUCUUCUGGUGGACGAAGCGGUACGAGAGUCGACUAUGGGAGGACAUAUGUGGUGAGGCCAAAGGGAAGGCACCUAGCCACCAUUGUGUGGCUCCAUGGCCUAGGUGACAAUGGAGCAAGGAAAUGCAAACAUGAGCGUCUGGGUAUGGAUCAAUUGAUAUGGAUACAGAUACAGCUUAUCUUAUUCCUCAGCCAUCAUGCAACAGUAUCAGCAUUUGCAAUAGUAAAAAAUCAGAAUAGUGCAGCUUAUUUUGCUCAGCAGUAGGGCAUGCCAUCUGUUCUCACUGCAAUAAAGUUUGUUUACCUUGAAGUUUAUGUUCAUGCAGAUCAAGUGAAUAUGUCCAACAGCAGCAACCCAUCCUGUGGCUGCUUUUGGUGGAUUCCCUUGCACUGCUUGGUUUGAUGUUGAGGACACAUCAAUAGAUGGUAGAGAUGACAUUGAGGACUGGAUGCUUCAGCUGAAUACAUUGCAAACCUGCUGUCAUCUGAGCCAUCCGAUGGUAUUAAUCCCAGGAUCAUAUCAUCUAAUCAUUGAAUAAGAAGAAAAUGCUAGGCCUCAUAAUAUUUCUUUUCUGAUUGCUAGACCAUGAGCCCAUAAGUAGUUAACAUAUUUAUCCGUACGUUUACAGAUUUACAUAGUUGGAUGAAACAAUUGCUCUCUAUUUUUCAUUCCAUUAAUGUUCAGAACACGUGAGUGUAGUGAAGCUUGGGAUCGGUGGUAGGUUGUAUCUAUGGUAGGUUGUACAUAACUGUUUUCUUUUUUAAUACAAUGCUGUGGGGAUCUUCCUCACAGUUUAAAUUCAAAAAAAAAUGUUCUUUGGUAGGUUGGCUUGGUUAGUUCUGCAGGAACAUUCUCGCCUUCAUCACCUUCUAUCAUGUUUGGAGGGGAAUUCACUUCUGGAGGAACUGAACCCAUGAAUUCAGCAAUAAGGUUCUGUGAAAGCGGACCUGAGAGGCCAAAAGCAAGAACAUUAAAUGAAUUCAUCUGCAAUUUGGUGAGGCAAGAAUAUUUUAACUUGUGAAUGGUUAAAAUAGUUACAUCAACUUCUUUGAGAUCAACUCCAUUCUCUUCAAGGAGGUUCAUGAAAUUGCUGAGGUUCUCUGCACAUAGAAAGUAAAACACUUUGAUCAAAUUCUAACAUUUAAUAGGGUAUGGUUGCUCCAAAAUACCUUGACAACUCCAGUUUCUGCUGUAAAUCUUCCAGUGGCUAUGUAGUGCCUCCUGCUAAAAAAACUGGAAUGUUGAAAUACACAUCUCUUUUUUGUAGAUGGAUAAAUCAGGUUGUACAAAUAUAUUUAGCAAUGCUAAAUAUAUUUCAGUUUCUGAAGAGAUUAUGUUCUUGGAACCAUGUGGGAGGUUCUGUAUCAAGUAAACAAUAAGAGAGAUUAUGUUCUUGACAUAAUUCUGAAGAGAAUGGGAUGACGACCCAAGUUUUUUGAUAA